AUGGCAGUUAACACUUUUAGAGUUAAAGCAUCACUCGCUCAAAUGUUAAAGGGAGGUGUUAUUAUGGAUGUUGUAACUCCAGAGCAAGCAAGAAUUGCCGAAGAGGCAGGAGCUUGUGCAGUAAUGGCUUUAGAAAAGAUUCCAGCUGAUAUCAGACACUUUGGCGGUGUUGCUCGUAUGAGUGAUCCAGGAAUGAUCAAAGAAAUUAUGGCAGCAGUUACUAUUCCAGUUAUGGCAAAGGUCAGAAUUGGUCAUUUUGUAGAAGCUCAAAUCCUCGAACAAAUUGGUGUAGAUUAUAUUGACGAAAGCGAGGUUUUAACAAUUGCCGACAAUGAAAACCAUAUUGAUAAGCACGAAUUUAAAGUACCAUUUGUUUGUGGAUGCAGAAAUCUUGGUGAGGCUUUACGUAGAAUAGCAGAAGGUGCUGCUAUGAUUCGUACCAAGGGCGAAGCUGGUACAGGUGAUGUAGUUGAAGCAGUCCGUCAUGCUAGAGCUGUAAAUAAAGAAAUUAAAAAAGUUCAAAAUAUGGACCCACACGAGCUAUAUAGUUAUGCUAAAGAAAUUCAAGCACCAUUAGAGUUGGUCAAAGAAGUUAAAAGAUUGGGUAGACUUCCAGUUGUCAAUUUUGCUGCUGGUGGUGUCGCUACACCAGCUGACGCUGCAAUGAUGAUGCAAUUAGGUAUGGAUGGUGUAUUUGUAGGUUCAGGUAUUUUCAAAAGUGGUGACCCAGCAAAAAGAGCCAAAGCUAUUGUCCAAGCUGUUACACAUUAUAAUAAUCCAGAGGUUUUAGCAAAGAUUAGUGAAAAUUUAGGUGAGGCAAUGGUUGGAAUUAAUGUUGACGCUAUUAAAGAAAAUUGGGCAACAAAGGAAAAAUAAAUAGGAUAGAAUUUAAUUUUCAAAAUAAUAAAAAAAUAUAAUAAAUAUUUUAUAGUUUUAU